AUGACGAUCGGUAGAAAAUCUUUAAUUGCUACUCUUAGCGUUGUUGUGAUGCUACUAAGUGCAAACCAAUCGCACUCAAGGAGGGUGGUGAGAUGUCGUGGUUCGAGAUUCGCGAGGUGCAAUGGACAGAGAGUACCCUGUCCCCAACAGUGCCCGGAUACCUGUCAGAUGGACUGCGAAACCUGCAAGGCCGUCUGCAGCUGUGAUAAGCCAGGGGGUGUAUGCCAGGAUCCUCGCUUUAUCGGGGGAGAUGGCAUAAUGUUCUAUUUUCACGGUAAGAAAGAUAAGGACUUCUGUUUGGUGUCCGACUCAGACGUCCACAUCAAUGCGCACUUCAUGGGAAAGAGAGGAAAAGGCAUGGGAAGAGACUUCACGUGGGUGCACUCCAUCGGACUGCUCUUCUGUGGAACUCAUCGGUUCUUCCUUGGAGCCAAAAAGGUCGCCACAUGGAAUGAUUCCCUCGACCAGCUAGCGAUAGCUCUGGAUGGAAAAUCCAUAACACUUCCCCAAGACGAGGGUGCUUCUCUUUCUGUCUCUCCAUUGAAAAUGAUUAUCACUCGCCUCCACCCUAACAAUGAGGUGAGUGUUGAAGUGGAGGACAAGUUUAAGAUCACAGCACGGGUUGUGCCCAUCACUCCAGAGGAGUCUCGGAUUCACAGUUAUGGAAUUACCUCUGACGACUGCUUUGCGCAUCUGGAGCUGAGCUUCAAAUUCUAUUCCCUUAGUCCCCAUGUGACCGGAGUUCUUGGACAGACAUACGCAACUGACUACACAAGCCCCAUCAAUGUGGGUCUUCCAAUGCCAGUAAUGGGAGGUAAAGAAAAGUAUUUGAGCAGCAACCUCUUCGCCACUGACUGCAAAGUGUCUCGAUUUAGAGGAGAAGUAGAAGAAGAGAAGAUCCAGGACUUCUCCAUCCUCGAUCUCAACUGGGUGGCAGUGGCAUGGUCUGCCGCAGGUAGACAGAUCCAUAUAUAUACAGACACUGUUCACGCUUCACGCAAUAAACUUCCCACCGCGAAAAAUAAUCUUGUGGAUUUCAUGCAAUCAGUAACCAUCAAUAAUAAAUGUUAUUAUCUUUCUCUACUGGCAUGUUUAUUUUCUGUUCAGUAUACACAUUUUGCAUUCUCCUCUUUUAUCCUUUUCAUUUGCUCCAUUUCAAUUCACAUAAACUACUGCGAUUACCCUGACACAAAUUAA